AUGGAGAAGAUGUUCUCAAAACAGCUCACGGACACUGACUUGAAGAAGAGGUUGUCGAUUCCAAUUCAAUGUUUGAACCAUUUCAGGUUCGAUAAAGGUCAUUCUACGUCUGUUCAAGUUGAGGAUGAAAAUGGAAAAGCAUGGCAAUUUAAAUGCCGCGUUCGCAGGAACGGCUACCCGAAACCAGUUUUCUGCGAAGGGUGGCUUAAAUUUGUUAGGUAUACAAGUCUUCGCCCAGGUGAUAGAGUCGAGUUCUAUAAGGAUAGUAAAGCGGAAGAUCCCUUCAUAUAUGCUGCCCCUGCUUUUAUGAUUCCCUGUUUUGGUUUCCAUCGCAUCUGUGGUGCCAUCUAUGCAGCAAGUCCUGACCGGUUUUGGCACCCAACUCCUCCUCCUUUGCUUCAGUAG